CAGCCAACACAAAAAGGAAGCUCCUGAGCCGCCAUUUCAUAUGCGAGCAGCUGAGAGAACGGGGUGAGUUGGGAAUACAAAUCAGCAAAACAAAAACAAAUUUAGUCUACAAUAACGAUUUUUAAUCUUCGUCUGGCUAUCUCAUUUUUGGGGAGCAAAGAUGAGCUACGGAAGGCCUCCGCCCGAUGUCGAGGGUAUGUCCUCGCUCAAAGUGGACAAUCUCACGUACCGGACUUCGCCUGAGACCCUACGCCGAGUUUUCGAGAAGUAUGGCCGGGUGGGAGACGUGUACAUCCCCCGCGAUCGGUACACCAAGGAGAGCCGCGGUUUCGCCUUUGUGCGGUUCCACGAUAAGCGCGACGCUGAAGACGCGAUGGACGCCAUGGACGGGGCCUUGCUCGAUGGGCGGGAACUGCGAGUGCAGAUGGCGCGAUAUGGCCGUCCACCAGACUCCCACUUCGGGCGCCGAGGCGGCAGUGGACCCCCAAGGAGGCACGGAGGCUACGGGCGCAGGAGUCGUUCGGCCAGCCCCCGCCGGCGAAGACACAGUCGUUCCCGAAGCAGGAACCGCAGUCGUGGCCGCGACUACAGCCGCUCACGGUCUCGUUCCUACUCUAGGUCCCGUUCCAAGUCCCGCACACCCCGCAAGAGCAAGUCCCCAUCAAGGUCCCGCAGCCGCACCCCGCCUUCUAACAGAGGCUCACGGUCGAGGUCCAAGAGCUUGCCCAAAUCCCCCGAUGACAACGGAACCGAGUCUUAGUAACAACAGUUCCAACCCAGACCCAGUAAGACGAUGUCAGACGAUUGAGACUUCUUCUCUGUGGACGUCGACCAGAGCUUAAGUCUGCCAGUGGACACCUCUCUACGCCUAACAGAAUACUGACCAAAAGGUUGUGACUUGGUCUUAAAUGUUUUGGUUUCAGUUGCCCAGAAAUAGACUGUACUAUAUAUUUACCAAUGCGUGUAAUGCCGUUGACUAGAGUGAAGGACAUGUUUUCAGGUGAACUGUAUUUUGUCUCAUUGUUAGUGCAGGUUUGUUGUAUUUUAAAUCAAAUUAAUCUUAUGAAGUAGCCCCCCCUUUUAUUUAUUGAAGCCCUUAUUUAGUAGUCUAAUUCUCUACAGAAGGAUUCCCGUAUUGAGUUACUGAUGUUCUUUUGGAGAGUUGAAUUUAGCAGAGUUACCCUAAAGAAAAUGUUCUGUUAUUUUCUAAGCAAAACCAGCAACAUGUAGAGGCAAACCAUAUAAGCCAAGAUUGUAUCAAAAAUAUUUAACAUUUUAUGUAAUUCGCUAACCUAACUAGGAGUGCAGAUAUUGUUUUUUUAUGUAUGUAUGUACACUGAGUACACAACAUUAGGAACACCUUCCUUAUAUUGAGUUGCACCUCCCCCUUUGCCCUCAGAACAGCCUCAUUUCGUGAGUGAAUAGACUCUACAAGGUGUAGAAAGUGUUCCACAGGGAUGCUGGCCCAUGUUGACUCCAAUGCUUCCCACGGUUGUCAAGUUGGCUGGAUCUCCUCUGGGUGAUGAACCAUUCUUGAUACACACGGAGCUGUUGAGCAUUAAAACCCCAGCAGCGUUGCAGUUCUUGACACAAACCUGUGUGCCUGGCACCUACUAUCAUACCCUGUUCAAGGGCACUUAAAUCUUUUAUCUUGCGCAUUCACCCUCUGAAUGGCACACACAAUCCAUGUCUCAAUGCUUAAAAAAUCCUCCUUUAACCCAUCUCCCCUUCAUCUACACUGAUCGAUGUUUCUUUAGCAAGUGACACCAAUGAGGGAUCAUACUUUCACCUGGUCAGUCUGUCAUAGAAAGAGCAGGUGUUCUUAAUGUUUUCUAUACUCAGUGUAUAUUGUUGAUAUAAAAAGUCUCUGGUAUGCAUUUACUUUCCUGUGAAUUCUAAUCCCCUCUUGUGUCAUCUUUUGUGCACUAGGCGCAGUUGUGUAGCAGUUGAGUAUUGCUGGUUAGCUGUUAAGGUGCGACGCAGUGCUGAUGGUGAGGUGGCAGUGCAGUGGCUGGCGGGGGUGUUGCGGUGCCCGGUGCCGUUGCCGCCCUGUUAUCGACUUGGUGCUGCUGCCGUUUGAUUUAUUCUUACAGACCAGAACCAGGCAAUCACUGCUGUGGUGGCAGAUCUGAUCAUCCCAUCUCUCUCCCUCUGUCUUAUGGUCUCUUACCAUUGUUGAUGUACCAAUACUAUCCUCUUCCUCCAUCCCUAGCCUGGUGUAACCAGUCUGAUCGCUGUUUAACAUUUUAUUAUCGAUCAGGCUGGUUCCACUACCCCCCCCCCCCCCAAACUGUGGUUUAGUCCUCUGUUGUACCCAGUGUUGAUGGAAGAGUCUCAUGGCUCGAUAAAGGGUGUCCCAUUAGCUUGAUAAAUUAGUCUCGCAAGAUGUCUUGUAAAUGCUCCAGGUGAAGGCUAAUAAAAAUGUCAAAUUUGUUUUGUUAUGAACUGUUAUUCAAGCAAAUCUUGCGAGAGCCUAUCUAUUGUCAGCUUUGCUCCUUCAGAGCUAGCCAAGACAAAUUAAUUGUUAUUGAGCCAAUACAUUUGUCACCAUAAUCCUUGAGUUAAAAGCCGAAUACAAACAUGGUUUCUUGCGUAAGGUGAGAGCGCCAACCUAAACAUCCGUAGUGGGAAAGGUACCCAAUUGACUAAAAGUGGCAGACCACGUAACAACACCUGCACAGGAUCGGUACAUCCGAACAUCACACCAGGUACAGGAUGUCAACGACAACUGCCCGAAUUACACCAGGAACGCACAAUCCCUCCAUCGGUGCUCAGACUGUCUGCAAUAGGCUGAGAGAGAAGCUGGACUGAGGGCUUGUAGACCUGUUGUAAGGCAGGUCCUCACCAGACAUCACCAGCAGCAAUGUCGCCUAUGGGCACAAUCCCACCGUCGCUGGACCAGACAGGACUGGCAAAAAGUGCUCUUCACUGACGAGUUACGGUUUUGUCUCACCAGGGGUGAUGGUCGGAAUCGCGUUUAUCGUCGAAGGAAUGAACGUUACACUGAGGCCUGUACUCUGGAACCGGAUCAAUGUGGAGGGGGCGGUGUGUCACAGCAUCAUCGGACUGAGCUUGUCAUUGCAGGCAAUCUCAACACUGCUUUACAGGGAAGACAUCCUGACAUGAUCCCAGCCAUAUAGCUCGUUCUGUGCGUGAUUUUGACAGGAAUGUCAGUGUUCUGCCAGCGCAAAGCCUGGAUCUCAGUCCCUGUUGGAUAGGAGGCUGAGGGCUAGGGCCAUUCCCCCCCAGAAAUGUCUGGGAACUUGCAGUUGCCUUGGUGGAAGAGUGGGGAAACAUCUCACAGCAAGAACUGGCAAAUCUGGUGCCGUCCAUGAGGAGGAGAUGCACUGCAGUACUUAAUGCAGCUGGUGGCCACACCAGAUACUGUCUUACUUUUGAUUAUGACCUCCCCUCCUUGUUCAGGGACACAUUCCAUUUCUGUUAGUCACAUGUCUGGAACUUGUUCAGUUUGUCUGUUGUUGAACCUUAGGUUCAUACAAAUAUUUGCACAUGUUACGUUUGAAAAUAAACGCAAUUGACAGUGA